AUGGAUCCCACCUACAACGUCCUUGUUACCGGCUCGGCCGGCCAUCUCGGCACCGCGCUCAUGCUGGCCCUGCCUGGGCUCGGUUUCAAGCCUUUCGGCAUCGACAUUCUCGAAUCACCUACCACAACCGCGGUCGGUAACAUAAGCGACCGCAGAUUCAUCAACAGCCUCUUGCAAGGAAGCAGCAUUAAGCACAUUAUUAACGCGGCAACGCUCCACAAGCCGCAUGUCGGCAGCCACACCAAGGAGCAAUUCGUGGAGACCAACAUCACCGGCACCAUCGUCCUUCUCGAGGAAGCCGCCAGGCUAGGAAACCAAAUUGAUAGUUUUCUGUUCCUUAGUACCACUAGCACCUUUGGCACUGCCCUGAGCCCGAAGCCUGGGAAUCCGGCAGCAUGGAUUGACGAGUCUGUGGUGCCGCAGCCCAAGAACAUCUACGGCGUCACCAAAGUAGCCGCCGAAGACAUGUGCUUCCUCGUCCAGAAGCAGACCGGUCUUCCCGUGCUCGUUCUCCGCACCAGCCGCUUCUUCCCCGAGGAGGAUGAUGACGACGAUCGCCGCAACGCGCUCGGCGACGCCAACCUCAAGGUGCUGGAGCUGUCCUACCGCCGGUGCGACCUUGAGGAUAUCGUCAGCGCAUGCGUCUGCGGCAUGGCCAAGGCCAAGAGCAUUGGCUGGGGCCGGUACAUUAUCAGCGCGCCGCCGCCGUUUCCACGCGACCCGGCAACCCUCGCAGCAUUGGACCGCGACCCGGCGAGCGUGCUGCGAGCCGUGGCACCGGACGUGGAGGCCGUCUUCCAGGCUCAGGGGUGGGACUACUUGCAGCGCAUCGAUCGCGUGUACGACUCGUCAAAGGCGGUCCGCGAGCUCGGUUGGAAGCCCAAGUAUACGUUUGCGGAGACGGUGAGGAUGGUGGGCGAGGGCAGGGAGUGGCGGAGCGAGCUCACCGUCAAGGUGGGCAAGAAGGGGUAUCACGCAGUCAGCACGGGUGUUUACACACAGCGAUGA